AUGACUUCGUUCGUUAACAUGACGCAAACUCCUGGUGCGAGCUUGCCGUCCACCUCAACUUCAACGGCCGGCGAUGGCAGGUCCGCCGUGCAAGAAGACUCCAUGCCGAUGUCGAAUCUUCUCUGUAAUAUCUUGGAAACCUUAAGCAACCCAUCACGCCUGCAAUCGAAUCCAUCAACUUCCACCUCAUCUACCAUGCCAUACGACAUUUGGGCUUUACAAUCCGGUAGCUCGGGACAAAACACUACGACAUUCAAUGCUCGUGAGUAUAAUACUAUAUCGAAUAAUAAUAACCAAAGCCAUUCUAAAGAGGAUGUUUCUAGCGGAUCACCUGGAACCUCGUCAUCGGUCUCUAUAACAUGUUGCCGCUGUGAGGAACGCACUCCGUCGAUUCGAUGCCUCGAAUGUAAUGACAUCUCUUGUCAUGAAUGCUGCCACAAUGUUACUUCUGAGUGCCAAUUGAAAGAGCACACUUUACUUCCUAUUCAUCAAAUAUCUCCAAUCGGAGUUCGACCAAACUCCGUCACUGUUGAUAAAGAAGUCGUGUAUUGUGAACUUCAUUCAGAUCCUGUUAGAUACUACUGCGAGGGUUGCAUUAUUUUCAUAUGCCAAGAGUGUACUUUAUGGUUACAUAAAGAUCACAGCUUUACUCCUUUAAAAGGUGCACUGGAUACGUGUAAAGUUGGAGUGUAUAAAGCUAUAGAAACUACAAAAACUGGCACUAAAGCUGUCAAAAAUGCCAUAGAUCGUGCCGUAGCAAUGUCGAAAGCUUUCGAUAAAGAAGCAACCGAAGCUAAUUUGAAAAUUCGUAAAGCUAUGCGUACUUUUGCUCUGGCAGUUGAAGAGCGUGAGAAAUGUUUGUUAGAUAAGGUGGAGAAAAUACGUCAAGUUAAAAUCAAUGAAUUAUCAGAACACAUGAACACUCUUCGCGGUAUUCUUGCUGGCUUAGCGCACACUAAUGAAACACUAGUGCGUAGUAUGGAUUCAGAAGGUAUCGAAUUAUUUAUGGCAAAAGAAAAAGGAAAAGCACAAGUGGAUUAUUUUGCACAUUUGUUCAAAAAUAUGUAUAUUAUAGAAGAACGUAUUAAGUUCACACCACCUAAUUAUGAGUUUGUAGAGGUAAUUAAAAGCCUAUGUAAUGUUCAAUCUGUGCCUUCAACUUCAGUAGCGUCUUCAAGUUCAUCCUCAUCAUUGCAACCGCGACAAUCGCAACUAUAUUCAUUACAGGCGGCUCAAACGUACUCUGGUUCGUCUUAUCAGAUGCCACCUACUACAAGCCUGCGCUCAUUACCUGAUUAUUCUAGUAAUCAUACUAGAUCUCCAAACUAUUAUGAGAACAGUUUUUAUAAUAGUAUAAUUUCGCUAGAUCCAAAUACUCCUCGUGGCAUCGGAAAAGCUAUACUUGGAUACGGGAAUGCAAUUUCCAUAAAACCUACUCGAAGUCCAAUAUCUGGUGUUCCAGUGUUAUCUUUUGCUAGAGAAGGACAAGAUAAAGGUCAAGUAUCCAGACCGUGGGGUCUGUGUGUAGAUAGAGAAGGAAACAUUAUAGUAGCUGACAGAAGAAAUAAUCGCAUACAAAUAUUCAGUAAUCGCGGAGAAUUCAAAACAAUGUUCGGAUCGAAAGGGACAGGACCGGGAGAAUUCGACCUUCCCGCCGGUAUCACCACGGAUUUCCUUGGGCGUAUAAUUGUUAUCGAUAAAGACAAUCAUAGAGUCCAGAUAUUCACAUCAACUGGGAAUUUUAUUCAUAAGUUCGGUUCCUUUGGUAAAGAUUGUGGUCAAUUUCAAUACCCAUGGGAUGUCGCUGUUAAUACAUUGGGUAAUAUUGUAGUAACAGACACUCGCAAUCAUCGUAUACAGUUAUUCACCAAUAACGGUACUUAUAUAACAAAAUUUGUUUUCGAAACAGCUAACUCGGCUAAAAUGUUAAAAGGCCCAACUACUCCGAGGGGUGUCUGCUUUACGGUAUCUGGGAAUAUUAUUGUGUCUGAUUUUGAAAAUCAUCGUUUAUUAAUGGUAGAUCCGACGCUGUCAAAAAUUAUGUAUUGCAUAGGUAGAGAAGGUUCUUGUAUCAGUGAACUUAAUCGCCCGUCUGGAAUCGUAACAGACGAUGAAGGUCGUCUAAUUGUGGCCGAUUCUAAGAAUCACAGAGUUAUCGUUUUCAAUUCCGAAUUACGUAUUUUAUGGGCUGUGGACUUGAAAAGUCCAGGUUUGGACGAUAAAGAUCGUCCCAGUGAUGUAGCACUCACCCCGGAGGGGUAUCUUGUUGUAUUGUUCGAGACUUUGCCUGAUACGGCCCGCGAUAUUGCAUCACAUGGCAAACAAUACAUCAAAGUAUAUUAAAU